GGCGGCAGUCAUCGCUCGGCGCUCGCUCGGCACAGGCGUGCGGCGCUCACGACAACACGCACCAUAGACACGUCACCAAAACUUUCCCAACCGUUAUUCAUCCGAGUUCUAACUUUCGAACGCUGCCACUUGGAUUGCUCUUUUUAGUUUUAAAGUUUCAACAUUUCCAGCCAGUGUUUGCCAUUUGUUUGUGCAGUGUGUUGUGUUGAUGUGUGGAGUGGUGUGAGCUGAAGAUGCGGGCCGGCUUAGCCUGCUGGCUGGCACUGGUGCUGGCUGCAGAGGCCGCGGCACAGAUCGACACGAGACAUCUAUCAGGGGACACGAUAUGUCCGUCGGGCAUGUUCCGCUGCCCCGAGGGCAAGUGCAUCCCGUCGCUGUGGGUGUGCAACUACCAGCGGGACUGCGAGAAGGGGGAGGAUGAGUUCCAGGCCUGUCCGCCGCCCGAGUGCGAGCCGGGCCAGCUGUCGUGCGGCCAGUACGUGUGGAACAAGACGUACUGCAUCGCACCACACUACCGCUGCGACAUGCACGUCGACUGCGUGGACGGCACCGACGAGGCGGACUGCACAUACCGCAAGUGUCAGACAGACGACUUCCAGUGCGGCGUGGAGAGCGGCGGGCCGGGCAAGGCGGCGUCGCAGGGACCCUGCAUACCUAAAGAGAAGAGAUGCGAUGGCUACCUAGACUGCCGCACAGGAGCAGACGAGCGCGACUGCCCGGGCGCGCCGCUGUCCUGCCGGCUCGACCAGUUCCGCUGCGCCGCCGGGGACAAGUGUGUGGACGCGAGCACCAAGUGCGACCACAAGGACGACUGCGGGGACAACUCGGAUGAGGCGCAUUGUAGUUUCCCGCCAUGCCACAUCGGUCAGUUCCGCUGCAGCAACGCGCUGUGCAUCCCCGCGUCGUACCACUGCGACGGCUACAAGGACUGCGCCGACGGCUCCGACGAGGCCAACUGCACUGCUAUAGCCUGUCCUGAUAACAGAUACCUAUGCCCGCGCGGCGGCCCCGGGGGCACUCACAAGUGUAUCGCGCGCUCACAGCUCUGCGAUGGAAAAAGGGAUUGCGAGGAUAAUGCUGACGAGGAAACUGCCUGUUCAACCGCCUCCUGCCCGGCGCUCUCCUGCCAGUACAAGUGCGUGGCGUCGCCGGCGGGCGGCGCGUGCGCGUGCGCGGCGGGGCUGGCCCUCGCGCCCGACAACCGCACGUGUGUCGACCGCGACGAGUGCAAGGACUGGGGGCUUUGCCACCAGCUCUGUGUUAAUACUCCUGGAUCCUACAAAUGCCUGUGCGCGCCCGGCUACACUCUGGUCGACGGCAAACGCUGUGUGGCGGGCGAGGCCGCGGCUCCGGCGCUCCUCCUGGCUCACGAGAAGGCGGUGCUGAGGAUGGACCUGCACGGGCGCGCGCCCGCCCCCCUGGCUAAUGCUACGUCGGCGGCAGGACUGGAUUAUCAUUUUAGGAGGAAUUUGCUGUUCUGGUCCGAUUUGAAGACAAGAAAGAUCCACAUCCAGCAGAUGAGCACGCCGCCCGGGGUGCAAUCCUACAGCAACUCGGACAUCACAGUCCCCGGCUCGUGGGCCCCCGUGGCCCUCGCCGUGGACUGGGUGGGCGACAAGCUAUAUGUGGCCGACGCCAUCGGACAGAAGAUCGACGUGUUUGAACUAGAUGGACGAGGGCACGCCGUGGUGUUGGGGUCCAACUUGACGAAUCCGGCCGAUAUUGCGCUCGAUCCGACGUUGGGACUGAUGUUUGUUGCUGAUAGCAGUCAGAUAAUAAGAGCAAACAUGGACGGCACCCACUCGAAAGCCAUAGUUUUAGAAGCCACAUACAAAGCGUCGGGUAUAGCAGUAGACAUAAUCGCACGGCGAGUGUUCUGGUGUGACUCACUGCUCGACUACAUAGAAUCCGUAGAUUACGAUGGAAACCACCGUUUCCUGGUUCUGAGAGGACAACAGGUUCCCAGCCCUUCAAGGCUGGCUCUGUUUGAAGACAGAGUGUACUGGUCUGACGGCACCAAGCAGGGCAUCAGCUCUGUGAACAAAUACGAGGGAUCCUCCAGCAUCCAAGCCAUCUACAAGAUGAAAGACAUCAGAGACCCCAAAGCUAUAACUGUGAUACACUCCCUGAAGCAGACGUCAGUCAACAACCCUUGCGGCAACAACAACGGAGGAUGCUCACAAAUGUGCAUAGUUACUGCGCUACAGAAUGGAGGUCUAGGAUACCGAUGCGCCUGUAACAUCGGCUACAAGCUACAAGCUGAUUUGAGAAACUGUGACAUAGUGAAAGAGUUCCUUAUGUACUCGCAACAGAGGUUCAUUAAAGGGAAGGUGUUAGACCCGGUGAUAGAAGGGUUCAGCGAGGCGAUCCUGCCGGUGGUUUCGCGGCGCGCGCGCUUCGUGGGGCUCGACUUCGACGCGCGCGACGAACACAUCUACUACUCGGAUGUGCUUCAGGACGUCAUCUUCCGCGUGCACCGGAACGGAACCACCCGGGAGAUAGUACUGGCCUCACAGAACGAGGGAGUUGAAGGGCUGGCAGUCGACUGGGUCUCCAAAAACUUGUACUACAUAGAUUCUAGGAAAGGAACGCUUAAUGUUCUGUCGACGAGAAACGUAGCUUUUAAGAGAACGCUGCUGAAGGACUUAAAGAGGCCUCGCGCGAUCGUGGUGCAUCCCAACAAGGGUUAUAUUUUCUUCUCCGAGUGGGAUCGUCCAGCGAACAUCAGCCGAGCGAAUACAGACGGAACCGGACUAUUAGUAUUCGAGAACGUCACAUUGGGAUGGCCCAACGGUUUAUCCAUAGAUUUCAUAGAAGACCGAGUGUACUGGUGCGAUGCUUUACUAGACCAUGUUCAACACGCCAAGCUCGACGGAACCGACGUCAAGACUGUCAACUCUAGGCUGAUAAGGCAUCCAUUCUCCAUCGUGAUCCACAAAGAGUUCAUGUACAUAACGGACUGGAGGUUAGACGCCAUUGUGCGCCUUCACAAACUGACAGGCGAGCAGGAGGACAUCAUGGUGCGCGAGCCGCAGACAAACCGCCUGUACGGGGUCAAGGUCUACAGCGACGAGAUCCAAAAGAUCGACCCUAUGCAACCCUGCUCUAGAAACAACGGGAACUGCCAGAAACUCUGCUUUGCGGUCCCUCGGAACAACACAGAGUUGUUAACAGUGAAGUGUGGAUGUCCGUAUGGGGAGAAAUUAUCAGGAGAUGGUACAAGCUGCGUGGCAGACCCGGGGGCCGAGCCGCCGCUGCAGGCGUGCCCGCACUCCUGGGACUUCACCUGCAACAACCAGCGCUGCAUACCGAAGAGCUGGGUCUGCGACGGAGACGACGACUGUCUGGACAAUAGUGAUGAGGAACAGAACUGUACUAAGAGCACGUGCAGCGCGUCGGAGUUCAUGUGCAAGUCGGGGCGCUGCAUCCCCGCCACGUUCAAGUGUGACUCGGAGAACGACUGCGGAGACUUCUCCGACGAGACCGGCUGCGUCAACGUCACCUGCUCCACCUCGCAGUUCCAGUGCGACAACGGCCGCUGCGUGCCCAACACGUGGAAGUGCGACUCGGAGAACGACUGCGGCGACGGCUCCGACGAGGGCACGCACUGCGCAGAGAAGACUUGCGCUUACUUCCAGUUCACGUGUCCCCGCACGGGCCACUGCAUCCCGGCGUCGUGGGUGUGCGACGGCGACGACGACUGCUUCGACAAGCAGGACGAGGCCGACUGCCCGCCCGUCGCCUGCCUCGCCAGCCAGUUCAAGUGCGCCGACCUCAAGCAGUGCGUGCAGGAGGCGUACAAAUGCGACGGCAUCCCGGACUGCAACGACGGCAGCGACGAGGCGGGCUGCCCCUCGCUGGCGCCGCACCAGUGCUCCGCCGACAAGCAGUUCCAGUGCAAGGCGUCGAAUAUAUGCAUACCGAGGACCUGGUAUUGUGACGGCACCCCCGACUGCGAGGACCUCUCCGACGAGCCGGCCUCGUGCGGCACCACGGAGUGCGCGCCGAACUUCUUCAAGUGCCACAACGGACGCUGCGUGUUCAAGGCCUACGUGUGCGAUGGCAAUGAUGAUUGUGGGGAUAACUCUGAUGAGGGGCUGGAGCAUGCGUGCAAGUCGCCGCCAUUCAGAUGUCCAUCGGGAGAGUGGCAGUGCCCGGAGGUGACUGGUCGCUGCGUGAACCUCACGCAAGUGUGCGACGGCAAGCCCGACUGCCCCAACGGAGCUGAUGAAGGUUCAAGCUGCGACUUCGCGGAGUGCCAGCACCAGUCGGGGCUCUGCUCCAACGAGUGCAAGCAGACUCCCUCGGGCCCGCUGUGCCUGUGUCCUCCAGGCGAGGAGCUAGAGGAGGAUGGUGUCACCUGUCGCGACGUGGACGAGUGUGUCCCGCCAGGACUGUGCUCUCAGGAGUGCCACAACGUCAAGAGGUCUUACCACUGCAGCUGUGUGGAUGGGUACAUGCUAGCGCCAGACAAACACUCCUGUAAAGCGAAUAAUCAUUCUAGUGCGUUCUUGAUCAUUUCAAAUAGGCACUCGAUUUUGGUGGCUGAUCUUAAUGAGCAGGGAUUGGAGAGGGUGCCGAUUAAUGUGGAGAAUGUUGUAGCGACUGCGUCCAAUAUGCACACUGGAACGAUAUUCUGGUCUGAUAUGAAAUUGAAGAAGAUAUCUCGGUUAGACAGAGGCAGCGAACCUCAAGUUAUAAUUUCGACUGGUUUGGAUCUAGUUGAGGGACUGGCAUAUGACUGGGUUGGUGGCAACAUCUACUGGCUGGACAGCAAACUCAACACCAUCGAAGUAGCCAAGGAAGAUGGUACAGCCCGAACUGCUUUACUCAGCGGUAACAUCACUCAGCCUCGAGGAAUGUGCCUGGACCCCGCUCCUAACGCCAGAUGGCUCUUCUGGACCGACUGGGGAGAGAACCCCAGAAUCGAAAGAGUCGGCAUGGACGGAACCCACAGACAAGCCAUCAUCAACACCAAGAUCUACUGGCCCAACGGUCUGACCCUAGACACGGCCACACAAAGGGUUUACUUUGCAGACUCCAAGCUAGACUUCAUAGACUUCUGCUACUACAACGGCACUGGAAGACAGCAAGUGUUAGCCGGGAGCCACUACCUCCUGCACCCGCAUUCGCUCACACUAUUCGAGGACACACUAUACUGGACGGACCGUCAGUUGAACCGUGUUCUCUCGGCGCACAAGUUCAAGGGUUCGAACCAGACGGUGGUGUCGCACCUGAUCUCGCAGCCGCUGUCGAUCCACGUGCACCAUCCGUCGCUUCAGCCGCAGUACAGUUCACCCUGCAAGCCGGACUCCUGCCAGCACCUGUGUCUGCUGAGUCCCAAUAAUACCCUGGGGUACAGCUGCCUCUGCAAGCCCGGCUUCAAGCUUCUGCCUGACGGGAAGUGUGUUGAAGAGGAAACAGCCUACCUUAUGGUACUGAAGGGAUCGCAGAUCAUUGACCUGUCUACUGAUGGAUCAGGCCGAGCCGGCCAGCUGGCUUCCGUCGUUGGAGUUCAAGGUGGUGUCCAACUAGACUACGACCGUCAAGGCCACAUGCUGUACUGGCUGCAAUCCAUCUCUGGAGACAGCGCCGAUGACGAGAACUGCACAAUCUACACCAUGCCUUACGGCGGAGGGAAUAAGGUCGAGUUUACCGGACAGGACACAGGCAUGGUGGGGGCUCCAUCGAGCAUCGCAUUUGAUUGGCUGGGACGGAACCUCUACAUAGCCAAUAGGGUGGCCAGCAAUAUUGAACUGAUCCGGGUCGACAGUAAAGUCAAGUACCGCACUAUAGUGCUGGCUAAUGACGGGAAUAGAUCAUCACUGGCUAAACCGAAGGGACUGUGUUUGGAUCCUACCGAAGGAAAGAUGUACUGGUCAGACGAGGGCGGGUACGGAGUACCAGCAAAGAUCGGCAAAGCCAACAUGGACGGCACCGGCGCCGUGGUCUUAGUCGACGGCAUCGAGCGGCCCGAGGCCAUCACCAUCGACCUGGACAAGAAGGUGGUCUACUUCAGCACGCAGUUCCCGGCCAGUGUGGUCAGUGUGGGGACUGACGGCAGCGACCGCCGCACCGUGCUCAGCGAGGCCAACGACAUCUCAUACCCCAAGUCCAUCGCCGUGCUAGACUCACGACUGUAUUUAUUGGAUCCUAGGCAUGAAAAGAUCAUCAAGGUAGACUUGCCGAACGGCGAUAACCUCAAAACGAUUAUGGACAAUGAGAGUGAUCUGAAAUCGCUGACGAUAUUCCAGAAGAGGAAGAUGAUCCACCACCCGUGUACUAACAGCAACGGGGGCUGCGAACAGAUCUGUAUCCCGAGCGACGUCGGGUCUAGAGUGUGCGCGUGUUCCAUCGGCUACAGGAAAGAGAAUGAGGUUAACUGUGUACCUUACAAGACAUUUGCUGUUGUGUCUCAACUGGACCUCAUCAGGGGCUACAGUAUAGACAGCAGCGCAGAAGCCAUGGUGCCUAUCACAGGCCAGGGCCACCACAUUCUACACAUCGAUGUACACUUCGCAGAGAACUUCAUCUACUGGGUGGAGUUCAACCGCGGCUACUGGAACGGCAUCUUCAGGAUCCGGCCCAACGGCACGGCUCUUCAGCACGUGGUGAAGGACGGCAUCGGCAGCAACGGCGUGCGCGGGCUCGCCGUGGACUGGGUCGCCGGGAACCUCUACUUCACCAACGUGUUCCCGCAUGAAAACUACGUUGAAAUGUGCUGGCUGGACGGCUCACACAGGAAAGUUCUGGUCAAGACCACCAUGGAUGCGCCUAGAGAGUUGGCAGUGAAUCCCCUAAAAAGGCUGCUGUACUGGAUCGAUUAUGGUCAAUAUCCAAGAAUCGGAAAGGCGUACCUUGAUGGAAGCAACUGGCAGACGCUGGUGAGCUCGGGGAUAUCGAACCCGAGGGACCUCACCAUCGACAUGUUGUCGCACGACGUCUACUGGGUGGACUCCAAACUCGAUCAAAUCCAGAAGAUCUCGUACAACGGAGGAAACAGACAACUGAUCCGGUCCAACCUGCCCAACCCGAUGGGCAUCGCCAUCCACACCACCAGCGUGUACUGGGUCGACAGGAACUUACAAACUAUCUACAGAGCUUCCAAACUACCAGGAAACAUGUCGCUACCGGAGAAAGUACGAACCAACCUUCCGAAGUUGAGGGAUAUAGUGAUCUUCGACAUCAACAACCAGCCCACGGACGAGGGCAACCUGUGCCGGAAGCUCGGCAACGGCGGCUGCGACCAGCUCUGCUUCAGCUACCCGCCUGAGGCCAACAAGGGCGUCACCCACCGCUGUGACUGCGCCACUGGAACUAUAUCCGCCACUAACCCAAGGAAAUGUGACGUGGUAGAUGAGUACCUCGUGUUCACUACCAGGACCGAGAUCCGAGCUGUAAACUUAGAUCCUAAAUCAACCGGAAUACCUUUCAAGCCCAUCGGAAACUUGACUAAUGUGGUCGGAGUGGAAUUCGAUUACGCUGAUAAUAAAUUGUUCUUUACACAAAUCCGUCCGUGGGCGCGGAUCGCGUGGAUGUCGGCCAACAACCCUGACCCCGCCGGGAUCCAGAACAUCAUCAACAAGGGCAUCAACCCCGAGGGCAUCUCGUACGACUGGACACAGAAGAAGGUGUACUGGACCGACAGCUCCAACAACUCAAUCUACGCUAUGAACCUGGACGGAACUGAACUUGUGAUGAUUGCUCGAGUGGAGCGACCGCGAGCUAUCGUCGUGGAUCCUUGCAACGGAACCCUGUACUACACGGACUGGGGGCGCUUCGGAACCUCCGGAAAGAUCUACCGAACCACCAUGGCCGGCUCGUUGAAGAAGGCCAUCAUCGACAAAGACUUGUCACAGCCGAGCGGCCUGACCAUUGACUUUGACGAGAACAUGUUGUACUGGACCGACGCCGUCCGCGAAAAGAUCGAGAGAUCCAAAAUGGACGGGUCAGACCGAGAAGUCCUCAUUUCAGCCACAAUCUAUCCAUUCGCUAUCACCGUAUUCAGAAACUACAUCUACUGGACGGAUCUACAGCUUCGCGGAGUAUACCGAGCAGAGAAGCAUACUGGUGCCAACAUGGUGGAGAUGGUGAAAAGACUCGAGGAUUCUCCGAGGGAUAUCCACGUGUACAGCACGGGGCGGCAGCAGUGCCAGACCAACCCCUGCAAGAUCAGCAACGGCGGCUGCGCCCAGUCCUGCCACCCCGCGCCCAACAACACCGCCGAGUGCAGAUGCGAUGACAACACUAAACUGGUCAACGAAGGUCGCAUGUGUGUCUCCAAGAACGUCACCUGUGAUGCUAGUAAAUUUUCGUGUGCAAACGGCAAGUGCAUCAGCCGCAUGUGGUCGUGCGACGGCGACGACGACUGCGGCGACGGGUCGGACGAGGACCGCAACUACUGCGCCUACCACUCCUGCUCGCCCAACGAGUUCCGCUGCAACAACGGCCGCUGCAUCUUCAAGUCGUGGAAGUGCGACCACGAGAACGACUGCAAGGACGGGUCGGACGAGGAGGGCUGCGAGUACCCGCCGUGCGCCGCCGGCGAGUUCACGUGUCUCAACCAGCGCUGCAUCCCCGCGGCGCAGCUCUGCAACGGCGUCAACGACUGCAAGGACAACGUGACGUCCGACGAGACGCACGAGCGCUGCCCGCGCAACACCACCUGCCCCGCCACGCACCUCAAGUGCGAGAAGACCAACAUCUGCGUGGAGCCGUACUGGCUGUGCGACGGCGACAACGACUGCGGCGACAACUCGGACGAGGACCCGCUGCACUGCGCGCGCCGCACGUGCCCGCAGAACUCGUUCCGCUGCCCCAACCACCGCUGCGUGCCCGCCACGUGGUACUGCGACGGCGACGACGACUGCGGCGACGCGGCCGACGAGCCGCCCGAGUACUGCCGAUCCGAGGGCCGCACCUGCUUCGGCGACCUGUUCACGUGCGACAACGGCAACUGCGUGCCGCGCAUCUACAUCUGCGACGGCGACAACGACUGCCUGGACGGCAGCGACGAGGACGCGCGCCACCAGUGCGACGAGCGCCGCUGCGACCCCGACACGGAGUUCACGUGCGCCGAGAACAAGGCGUGGGGCCGCGCGCAGUGCAUCCCGCGCAAGUGGCUGUGCGACGGCGACCCCGACUGCGUGGACGGCGCCGACGAGAACUCCACGCUGCACCACUGCGCCGCGCCCGCGCCCUGCCAGGACGACCAGUUCACGUGCACCAACGGCCGCUGCGUCAACCGCGGCUGGGUGUGCGACCACGACAACGACUGCGGCGACGGCUCCGACGAGGGCAAGCACUGCAACACGCAGUACAAGCAGUGCGGCGACCAGGAGUUCCAGUGCCAGAACUUCAAGUGCAUCCGCAACCACUUCCGCUGCGACGGCGAGGACGACUGCGGCGACCGCUCUGACGAGGUCGCCUGCAACAAGACCGCCGCCGCCUGCCCCGCCGGACAGUUCAAGUGCAACAACGAGCAGUGCAUCGACGCGCGCCUCGUGUGCAACAAGGUGUCCGACUGCAGCGACGACUCGGACGAGCCGGCGCACUGUCACGUGGACGAGUGCGCCAAGCUGGAGGCCAACCAGUGCGGCCACAAGUGCGUGGACACGCUAACGGGCUACUACUGCGACUGCAACGCCGGCUACCGGCUGCAGGCGGACGGCAAGGCGUGCGCGGACGUGGACGAGUGCGUGGCCGCGCCCGCGUGCUCGCAGGCCUGCGCCAACACGCCCGGCUCCUACUACUGCAAGUGCGACGAGCGCUACUACGAGCGCGAGCCCGACGAGCACACGUGCAAGCGCCGCGACAACACCACCGCCUGGCUCAUCUUCACCAACAAGUACUACGUGCGCAACAUGUCCACGGACGCGGCGCUGUACAACCUCGUGCACCAGGACCUUAUGAAUGUCGUCGCCAUCGACUUCGAUAUCAAGGAACAGAAGAUGUACUUCGCCGAUGUUUCAGCCAAAACCAUCUACAGGUCGGACUACGCGGACCCCAACCCGACGAAGGAGGUGGUGAUCCGCCACGACUCGCACGGACUUGAAGGCAUCGCCGUGGACUGGAUCGGACGCAAGCUGUACUGGCUCGAUCGACACUCCAAGAACUUGGACGUCUCGGAAUUAGACGGAACCCGAAGGAAGACUCUUAAAACUGGCAUCGCCGACCCGCGGGCCAUCAUCGUGCACCCCGGCACCGGCUACCUGUACUACACGUCGUGGCACCUGCAGGCCUAUAUCGGCAAGAUGGGCAUGGACGGGACCAACUUCACUGUGAUACUGAACUGGGAGGACGACAUCGCGUGGCCCAACGCGCUCACUAUUGACUACUUCACGGACCGCAUCUACUGGGCCGACGCACAUCUCGACUACAUCGCCUCCGCCGAUUUAGAGGGCAGACACAGGCACGUCGUACUAUCUGGCACUAAAGUCCCUCAUGUAUUCGCUCUGAGCUUGUUCGAUGACGACAUCUACUGGACCGACUGGAACUUGAAGGCAAUCAGCAAGGCAAAGAAACACUCGGGAGAAAACCUGACGCUUCUGCGAAACACGACGCACAGACCUUACGACAUCCACAUCGUGCAUCCGCUGCGACAGCUGCCCUACACGAACCCGUGCGGGACUAACAACGGCGGAUGCUCGCAUCUGUGUCUGAUAGCUCCUCCACACGAGUCCAGCUACCUGAACAUUGAAGGGUACGGCGAGGAGGGCGCCACCACGUACAAGUGCGCAUGUCCCAACCAGUUCUACCUGGCGCGCGACAUGAAGACGUGUGUCGCCAACUGCACGGACGGGCAGCACCGCUGCGGCGGCCGCGACGAGAAGUGCAUCCCGUGGUUCUGGAAGUGCGACGGCGAGAAGGACUGCGCCGACGGGUCGGACGAGCCCGCCUCCUGCCCCGCGCGCCACUGCCGCGCCGGCAGCUUCCAGUGCGACAACACCAACUGCACGCCCGCCGCCACCAUCUGCGACGGCAGCGACGACUGCGGCGACGGCAGCGAUGAGGCGCAGUGCGCGCACGCCUGCCCGCUGCUCGAGUUCAAGUGCCGCGGCAGCGGGCGCUGCGUGCUGGACUCGUGGCGCUGCGACGGCGACGCCGACUGCAAGGACGGCAGCGACGAGGACCCGGCCACGUGCCACCGCCGCACCUGCGACCCCGACUCCGAGUUCUCCUGCAAGAACGGCCGCUGCAUCCCCAAGCUGUGGAUGUGCGACUUCGACAACGACUGCGGCGACGACUCGGACGAGCCCGCGUACAUGUGCCGCCAGCGCAACUGCACCACGGGCUGGCGGCGCUGCCCCGGCCGCAGCAACUACCGCUGCAUCCCGCAGUGGCUGUUCUGCGACGGCAAGGACGACUGCCGCGACGGCAGCGACGAGCUCCCGGAGCACUGCCCGGCGUGCGCCGCCGGCGACCACGCGUGCGACAACCGCCGCUGCGUGCCGCGCCAGUGGCUGUGCGACUUCACGGACGACUGCGGCGACGGCAGCGACGAGUCGGAGGCGCUGUGCCGCCACCGCUACCGCGACUGCUCCGAGUCCGAGUUCAAGUGCGGCAACGGCAAGUGCGUGUCUUCGCGCUGGCGCUGCGACCACGAGGACGACUGCGGCGACAACAGCGACGAGCUGCAGUGCGGCGGCUUCAGCUGCAAGAACGGCACGUUCCAGUGCGCGUCGGGCCACUGCGUCGCCGCCUACUUCCGCUGCGACGGCGACCGCGACUGCCGCGACCUGUCGGACGAGAUCGGUUGCCCGCCGCGCUUCCCCGGCGGCCGCUACUGCCCCGAGAACAGAUUUCAGUGCGGCAACAACCUGUGCGUGUCGCAGGCGGACCUGUGCGACGGCGCCGACGACUGCGGCGACGGCAGCGACGAGGCGCCGGCGCUGUGCACCGACUUCAACUGCGACUCGCUGCGGCGGUUCCAGUGCGACAACCACCGCUGUGUGCCCAGGAACCAAGUAUGCGACGGCACAGACAACUGCGGCGACGGGUCCGACGAGAACAACAUGACGCUGUGCGCCUCGCGCGGCCGCGUGUGCGACCCCUACACGCAGUACCAGUGCGCGAAUAGACAUUGUGUGGAGCGGACACAAUUGUGUGACCUGGCUGAUGAUUGUGGAGACGCCAGUGAUGAGAGAGGGUGCCAUCAUACGCAUACCUGCGACCUUAGUGACAAAGGAGGUUGCGAGCACUUCUGCACCAACCUGACCCUGCCCGCCCUGACGCCGGGCGCGGCCGUCCCCGCCCCCGGCUCGGGCGGGUACAUCUGCUCCUGCUUCCACGGCUGGAUCAUCUCGCCCACGGACAAGAAGAAGUGCAUAGACGUGGAUGAAUGUGCCACCGGCACGCAUCGCUGUUCGCAGCUCUGUAGCAACUUGAAUGGAAGCUUUAGCUGCAGCUGUCGGGAUGGUUUCAGAUUGGCGGACAGCCUGUCGGGCGUGUGCAAGAGCACCGAAGGCGACGUGGUCCUCAUGUUCGCGAACGGGCCCGAGAUCCGCGCCUUCGUGCAGGACAAGAACGAGGAGUUCAACGUCAUCGGCGCCGAGAAGCGCAUCGAGGCCAUCGACUACGACCCCACGAACGAAAUGGUCUUCUGGGCCGACAGCUACGACAAGACCAUCAAACGCUCCUACAUGGUCAAUGCCCUCAAUGGACAGGUUAAGAGCGGGUUCGCUCAGGACCUCAACAUGAAGGGAAAUGCGAAGCCGACAGCUAUUGCUGUGGACUACAGUGGAGAGAACUUAUACUGGACGGAAACAGACCGCGCUGGAUCCAAGCCGCGAGGCCGCGUCAUGGUCGCCAAGACCGAUGGAAGAUACAGACGAGCCAUCGUCUCCGCCGGCAUUGAAUCACCAACUUCCCUAGUCCUGGACCCGCAAAUGGGAAGAAUGUUCUGGUCAGACGCCGGUUCCGCUCCUAAAAUCGAGAUCUGCUGGAUGGACGGCUCCAAGCGACGCCCGCUAAUCACCGAGAACAUCCGACACCCGACUGGCUUAGCCAUAGACUAUGGAAUGGACCACGCGGUGUACUGGGCCGACUCCAAGCUCAAUACCAUCGAGAUGAUGAAGCAGGACGGGUCGGGCCGGAAGGUGGUCCUCAAGGGGGACAUCCUGAAGCACCCGAUAUCCCUGGAUGUGUUUGAGUCGUCGCUCUACUGGGUCACGAGAGAGUCCGGGGAGUUAGUGCGGCAAGACAAGUUCGGACGGGGAGUGCCGUUUGUCAUCUCGAAGGAUCUCGUCAACCCGUCUGCUGUUAAAGUAUACCACCCGCUCCGCUACAACACCAGUGUCCCGGCGGCGCGGUGCGGCGCGUGCCCGGCGCUGUGCCUGCGCGUGCCCGGCGGCGCGCGCUGCGUGUGCGACGGCGCCGCGCCCGCCAAGCGCGCGCACGACACGCCCUGCGAGCAGCCUGUAGAACGUCCCCGCCCGCUCCCCCGAGUCUGCCCAUGCGAGAACGGCGGCUCCUGCGUGGAGUCCUCCACAGCUGAAGGCGGCGUGGAGUGCCGCUGCCCCGCGCCGCUGCAGCCGCCGCACUGCACGCUGGCCGCCGCCGCGUCCGGCGCGCCGCCCGCUGCUGCGGUCCUAGUGCCUGUGUUGUUGGUGUUAGUGAUAGCACUGGGAGGCGCGGCCGCGUGGUUCGUCAUUAGGAAGCGACCCUUCGGCAAAGGCGGCGGCCUCGGCAGCCUGGCCUCAUCCCAGAGCGUGUCCUUCCGCCAGGGCUCCAACGUGGAGUUCGGCGGGCCGGGCGGCGAGCCCGCAUACACGCUAGAAGAGACCAGGAAGGGACGGGACUUCAGCAACCCCAUGUACGAGGCCGUCACGCGCGCCGCCGCCGCGGGUAGUCCCGAGCCGCCUAUACCGGGCAUCUACGAAGUGCCGGACGAGCUGAAAGCGUCCGUCCAAUCAGCAGUCAUCUCCCCCUCAUCUACCGAGACUCGUGGCACAGCGCCAGGCAAGCGGCCGCGCGCGCUGGACCCGGCCGCCGACACCACGGCCGACACCGCCGCGCUCGUCAAGGAAGACCGAGACUGCUAGCACACGGACUAUGUUUACAACUUGCUCUAGAACCGUCUGUGCAGACUAGCGAGUGAGUGUCGAGGAGAUACUGUAGUUAGGGAACCGUUCACCGUCAAGCUACC